UUACGACAGACAGGUAAUCUUAGGAGUCGAGGUAGAUUCGACAUUUCUAUGUCUCUGGUACAACAAAGUUACGCAACCAACUUACGAAAGACAAAUCCGAGGAGUUCCGAAAAUUUUAACGGGCUUGGUUUUCUCUUUUAUCAUGCAUCUCACAGUUUCCUAUUUGAUUUCUGAAGAAAAAAAAUAUUGAAAAUGGACUAAUAUUUCAACAUUUAGCAAAUUUCAAUGUAUAUUGUAUGGACAUAUUUGCUUAAUCUACGAGUCAAUAUGAUGGAUGUAUGAUGGGUUACAAAAUGGCCUAAAUGUUUUGCCAUUGAAGAAGACAGAAUUAUAUAAUUAUGUCUGAUGAGAGAAAUUUUCGGACUUACUAUUAUGAUAAAUUUGGAAUUGGUGGAGUGGAGGAGAGAAAAUCAUUAGAGACUCUUCUAAAGGAAAAACCAAUAAGUGUGGAAAAGCUAAGACAGUUUUGUCUGAGAUUUGCAAUGCCAGCAAUGUACAGACAUUAUGUUUGGAAAUUAGUUUUAGAUGUUUUGUGUGCAAAUUCAGACUCUCAUGAAUUUCUGAUGCAGCAACGGAAACAAAAAUACAAUGACUUAAAUCACGCUGUAAAGCUGUUACGAUAUGUUGAUGAAAACACACCUGUAGGUAAAGUCUUCCUCAAAAUGUACCUUGUGGAGUCUGGCCAGAUUAAAUUUGAGCAGUACAAGUAUGAUUCAGAGUAUGAGGAUUUUGUUUCAAUAGCAGCAACAAUGGCAAAUAUUUGUGAAGAUCUAACUGAUGCCUACCUUAUUUCUGUUGAAUUUUACAAAAUGUACAAGAAAUCCAAAGAUAGUAAUUCCAAUCUGGUCCAGAAAACAACGCAGAGCCUCAAAACUGAGGAUGGAGAUGGUAAAUUGUUUGACCAUUUUCAGAAGCACUCCCUUUGGGAUUCUCUCCCCUUACCAAUGUGGUUUGACAGCUGUUUUGCUGAGGUUCUACCUGAAACAUGCCUUGAAAGAAUCUGGGACAAGGUCAUCGGAGGUGCCCACGGUAUUGUGGUGUUUGUAGCGGUAGCUGUCUUUCUCACCUUCAAGCGACCACUUCUGAGCAUGAAAAGUAAAACAGAUAUGAUUCAAUAUCUAAUGGAGCUCCCAGAAGAUUGUGGGGAUAUUAUUGUGACAAUGGCUAUAGACCUGUGGAACAAACAACACUCAUAAAGAGGAGAGAAAUCAGAGAGAGAGAACUCACAGAUGACAAGGACGGGAUGCCAUAGAGUCAUUAUUGUAAAAUCAACAUUGCAAAGUGCAGUGUUCAACUUUGUUAAGUACACAGCUCAUAGAGAUAAAGUAACUGAAAAAUGGAGAACACAAUAUCUGUUGAAUAAUUGAAUUACUGAUAAAAUUUUCAGAAGAAGUGAUAUAUGUAUAUUAAUCUAGUUUACAUUAAAAAUUUUCCUGUUAGAUAAGCAUGAAGAUUAAAACAAGUAUUAAUAUUGAAAUACUCAAACCACUGCGUUUGAUUUGAUUGUCAAUUUCUCUAAUGUGUAAGGAAAUUAUUUGAGAGUUUUGUGGUAUACAGUUACAAAGUCUGAUAGCAUCAAAUAAAAAACAUGUUAGAAUUCGCUUAAUAUAAAAAGAAUAUAUUUGGAAUAGAAUUGAAUAUCAUGAAGUAGGAAAAAUAUCCAUACGAUGGUAUUUUCAUUUUAAGAAAUUAAAUCUUAUUUUAAUCCUUGCUUGUCUUUACAUAAACAACUGUUA